GACAGCCGGUAUCCUGGAGCCUGGGUUGGUGUUUUUGCAUAACUAUUCUUGCUCUAUAAGGAGCCAGGGUUUGAGGAAGCGGGUUAAAAUGUCGGUUGGUGGAGUAAGACGAUGUGUCUGGGUUGUUUUCAUCAGUUUGAUUAAUUUAAACGUGUUGCUUGCCAAGGAGGUUAAAUUGAAACAUUCACCUCCUCUUCAGAGUGCCGUUCGUUUGUUUACCGAUGAGGAUUUGGCUAAAUACAACGGGGAAGAGGACAAUCAACCCAUCUACAUGGCAAUUAAGGGAGUGGUGUUUGAUGUCACAUUGGGAAAAGAAUUUUAUGGCAAAGGUGCCCCAUACAAUGCACUGGUGGGCAGGGACUCAACAAGAGCUGUAGCAAAGAUGUCUUUGGAAUCUAAAGACCUCACGCAUGAUACUACCGGACUCACUGAAGAUGAGAUGAAGUCUCUAGAUAAUGUUUUCAACAGUUUAUACAAAACCAAGUAUCCUAUUGUUGGCUACACUGCACGUCGAAUUCUUAAUGAAGAUGGCAGCCCCAACAAAGAUUUUAAACCUGAAGAUCAGCCCCACUUUAACAUUAAAGAUGAGUUUUAACCUCUCUGUAUUAAAGUAUAUUCCAAGUUUUUGUAUUUAAAGUCUAGUAGCAACAGUUUAUACACCAUCCAAUACAUUUUACUGUACAUCUUAAAAAAAACAUUGUUUUCAUUGUGUUAUUGAAAGCAAAUGCCUUUUAAAAAGAUAAAUUUAAUGACUUUUGAACUUUGGAAAUUAAUCACACUGAAUGUGCAAGUAAAUAUUGAAUAUUUCUUGCAAAGAAGAAACUUAUCAAAUAUGCCCACUAUAUUUGAGAUAUUAUAUCUUUCUCUUGGUACCUUUUUUAAUGUGUUUGCUUUGCUAUUUGGCUUUGAAAUUACCUUUGUAGCAACAAUCAUUGUCUAAAAAGGUAAUUAUUGUUAGAACUCAGUAAACAUACACCCAUAGUCAUUUUAUCCCCCUUACCUUUCCAUCAGUGUUCCCCACCCACAACCAAGGAAUUAAAGAUGAUAGGGUUUUGUUUGGUGUACUUUAUAUUCCAUAUCACUGUUGCUGAGAUAUAGGAAUGUUUUGUGUGUGAAUUUAGGUGGGGAGGAUUGACAAAUUUUGUUUUGUUCUUGGGUUUGCCACGACAGCAUUUACAUCCAAGUGUACUUCAUGUAUGUUGCUAUAUUUUAAAAAUCUUGUUUACUUUUAUUUGGAUGCUCUUGUUUAAUUUUCAGUUGUGAGUUCUUUAUUGUUAGAUUUCUAGCUACUUUCCUCCUAUUGUAUCUAUGUUCAUUUUUUGAUUCUGAUUUUUUUUCAAUGUAACUUCUUUGUAGUAAACUGGUAUUGUAUGUAAUUAAGAGUGUAUGGUUUGCCAGGUAUUCUCCCCACUUUGAAGGGGAUCCAAGAGGAAUAUCUUUAGUCCUCUAAUGCCAAAAAAAAAGUUUCUCGGUGUAAAGUACACUGUUUUCCUUGUGUGUGAUCUCCUAUUCAUAAAGCUUAAGAGGUUUAAUUUCUGCAACAAGUUAGUCAGUCAGUUCCAUGUGCCAUCCUCUUGCUGGAGUAUUGUGUGAACUGAUAGUGAUUUUGUAGGCUGAUUGAUAGCUCAUGAUGUGAGCUGUCCUUCCCUGUCUGCAACUGACAUUAUACUGGUUUAAUCCCAGAACCUGGAAUAAGAUGGUCACCCAUAAUCAUCAGUAUGCAGGUCAGCAUAGAAUUCCAAGAUGAAGCCUCAAAUCCAGUGCCUUCUGAGUCGGUCAGUAUGUGUAUUCUUUCAUGUGUGUGUACAUCUAUAAAUACACAAGACCUUUGCAGGAAUAAUUUAGAUUUAUUGCACAAAUUUGGCCACAUAUGAUAAAUUUAGUUAUCAAAUUACUAAACUGACCCUGUCAAUGGAACAUGGAGGCUGAAAAUGAAUGUUAUACUGGCUGAAUACUAAAUUUGUACAUUCAAAAUACGAAUGCAGUUUUGUUGGUCUUUAUGCAUAUCUGAGUUACUUCAAGAUGGCAUGAGACUUCUUGUGUCAUCUCCAUAGGCCUCAAUUUUAAUGGCUCAUCUCUUUAAAAAAAACCACACACACAAGCUAUUGGCUGCAAUAUUGCAGCACACAAUACCACAAUAGAAUGGAAAGUUUUAAUCUUGUACCAAUACUGCUUGAACUAUUUUAUUACAUAUGGAAAAUAAAUUGUCAGAAUGGCAUUAAUAUUAGUAAGCAUUGCAACUUUAUUUAUUCAGUCGCCAAAUGACUGCCUGUUUAAUUUAUUAUCUCCUAAAUAUUUCAAAUGGAGUAAUUUUCAUGUGUAAUUUCCAAAUGAAAUGAGUUCUCAACAUUUGCUCAUUCAGGCUUUAAAUGUGUAGCUACCAAGCUGAUAGAAGGUUCUACGGGUGUUUGUUUAAUAAAUACUUGGGAUUAAAUCUCACACGUUGUUUAAUGAGUGGGGUUAGGCAGAAGAC